CGGUUGUCGUGUGCUGUGGUCCCCGCUCAACCCCAACACUUUGACGGAUCCCCCUUCGGCGUGAAGACGAGAUGAAGUCCCCAGACACGGUAUUGUAGCUGUGUGGGAGCCCUGCGAUGACCACGCAGCCUUCUAGCCAUGCAGAAACCGCUCACCCCACAAUGCCCCCCCCGGUGCCUUCUGCGGCCUCCCAGCUCCACAUUCAGCGCCCGCUGUCCCGGGAGGCCAUCACCAUCCGUUUCACUCCGCUCGGGGCGGUCGACGCCGGGGAGCACGAUAGCGACGACGACGACGACGACGACGAGGUCCACUGGGCCAGCGCCCCCGUGGCUGCCCGGGACGGCCCGGGAGUUGUGACGGCCGUAGAGGCUGGCGAGGAGAUGCUGGAGGAGGCACUGCUGGACGCGGCGGCCGCCCCUCCCCCGCCCGCCGGCAGGCAGAGAACGACGUUGGCGUUCCCCGCCGAGAUGAAGGUCCUGAGCUCCUCGUCCUCCUCGCCGCCGACCAAAUCGGUGAGCCUCCCUUGUAUCGACAAGCCCCCCUUCAGCAUGAUAAAGUCUCUGUCGUCCGACGCAGAGCCCUCCUCCUCCUCCUCCUCCUCCUCCACCUCCUCCACCUCCCAUCUCCUGGUGAAGCACAGGCAGCUCAUGAAGACGCUGGUCAAGUCGUUGUCCUCCGACACGUCCGAGGGGUCUUCGGCUCCCUCCGCCACCCCCCGCGCGUCCGACUCCCGCCUCAACCUGCAGCUCUUCAAGCAGUUCACCCAGUCCCGCAUGUCCGCCGGUGGCGGCGCCGCGGCGCCCUCCGCCAGCCAAUCCAAGACGGCGCCCUCCUCCCCGCUCACCGUCCACGAGAGCCGCUCCUUCUUCAACGUCUCGGAGGUGGAGGCCCGCAUCGAGGACACCAAGCGCCGCCUCUCCGAGGUGAUGUACGAGCCCCUGCAGAUCCUCAGCAAGAUCAUGGACGAGAAGAGCGUGGCGGGCAGCGUGGCCAACUACAGGGCCUCCAAGGCCGCCUCCUCCGAGCUCGCCAAUAUGUCCAGCCUGUCGUCGCUCAGCCACUUGGAGAGCAACAACAACAGCUACUGCAUCAAGGAGGAGGAGGGCGGCGACUGGGACUCGGACAGCCCCAACAGCGGGGCCUCCUGCAGCGCCGAGGGCCCCGUCCCUUCCUCUGCGGACAACAACGGCAAGAGCCCCCGAAAGGCCGGGAGCUCCAUGGCGCUGGAGAUGUGUUCCAUGUCCGCCCUGGCCAGGCUGGAGGAAGAGGACUUCUGCAUCCUGUCCACCGAGGACUUUGAGACCUGUGCGGAGGCCGAGCGGGAACGCAGAGACAGGAGCGAUUACUCCGGAAGCAGCACUCAGACUAAGGCGACGCCCAGCGGCAGCACGGAGCCCUGCAGCGACGACGAGCUGGAGCCGGACGAACCUGGGCCCGACGUGCCCGUCUACACCCUGGUGAUCGUCACCCUGCUGGUGUACGGGUACUUUGUCCUCCCCCUGCCCACCUACGUUGGAGGACUGCUGCUCGGGGUCGCGCUGGGCUUCUUUGUUGCUAUUGGCGUGGUGUGGCUGGCCGGUCCAAAGCCUUCUGGCCGUGGACUACAACACUUGAAACACCAGAGGGCGCUGCGCAGUGUGGCCAAGUUAAACUUUAAAGAGCCUGAUCUCUUUAAGGGCUGGAUGAACGAGAUCGCGGCCUACGACCCCGAGACGUACCACGCCACCCUGACCCAGUCGGUGUACGUGCGUCUGGAGGGCUCCACCCUGCGCCUGUCCAAGCCCAACCGCAACAUCACGCGCAGGGCCAUGCACAACGAGCCCAAACCGGACGUCUCCUACAUCAGCCAGAAGAUGUACGACCUGACCGACAGCAAGGUCUUCCUCGUUCCUCACCAUCUGGCCAGGAAGCGGCUGUGGAACAAGAAGUACCCCAUCUGCAUCCAGCUGGCCAAGCAGGACGACUUCAUGUCCAAGGCUGAGGGGGAGCGCCCGGACACCAGCAAGGACUCCACUGCCGCCCCCGCCGCCGCCGCCGCCCCUGGGGACAGAGCCGCCGGGACGGGCGGAGGGCAGGGGAAAGGAAAGCCCUCCUUCUCUAGUCGGGACCUCACCCUCUAUCUGUUUGGAAGGACGGGUCGGGAGAAAGAGGAGUGGUUCCAGAGGAUUCUGGUGGCUGCACAGGGCAAGGGGAGGAUGACCAGAGACGCCAGAGACUUUGGAGGAAGUAAACAUGCGCUCGGCACCCUCAGCUCCAGCAGCCGCCGGGGCAGCACCGAGGAGGCUCCGGGGGCUCCGCCGAAGAACAAGGAACUCCCGGCCUCCUCCUCCUCCUCCUCCUCCUCUGUCGUCACGCAGGUGGGCACUGCCAAGACCAAUUCCCUGCUGGACUACAGCGUCUACAUGACCUCCCUGAUGCCUGGCCAGGGGGCCAGCCCCGUCACUGCCAGCUCGCCUCUCCGCAGCCCCCAGAACAGCCCGGAGGCAGCCAAGAAGGUCCCCCAAGCUCUCCCUGCCGCCGCGGCCCCAGAGGAGGAGCAGCCGGUGGCCUGGCUCAACGCCAUGCUGGGCCGCCUGCUCUGGGACUUCCUGGGCGAGGCCCACUGGGCCGAGAUGGUCUCCAAGAAGAUCCAGAUGAAGCUGAGCAAGAUCCGGUUGCCUUACUUUAUGAAUGAGCUGACCCUGACUGAGUUGGACAUGGGCGUGGCCACUCCCAGGAUCCUCGGGGCCUCCCAGCCGUCGGUCGAUCACAGAGGCCUGUGGUUUGACCUGGACAUCGCCUACAGUGGCUCCUUCCUCAUGACCCUGGAGACCAAGAUGAACCUCAUCCGGCUGGGAAAGGAGGAGGACGCCCUGCGCAUAGAGCCCGGCAAAGACGGGUACAGGCCGCGUGCCUACUGCCUGGCUGACAGUGAUGAAGAGUCCUCCAGCGCGGGCUCGUCGGAUGAGGAAGACCCUUCUGAGCUCUCCUCCGAAUCCAUGGGCGCUGAAGGGUUCGUGGGUGGACACAAGCCCAGCAAGAUCAUGAAGUUCGUGGACAAGAUCACCAAGUCCAAGUACUUCCAGAAGGCCACGGAGACGGAGUUCAUCAAGAAGAAGAUGGAGGAGGUCUCCAACACGCCGCUGGUCCUGACCGUGGAGGCUCAGGAGCUGCGAGGCCGUCUGGCGGUCAACAUCCCCCCGCCCCCCACAGACAGGAUAUGGUACGGCUUCCGCACUCCUCCUCACCUGGAGCUGAAGGCCCGGCCCAAGCUGGGGGAGAGAGAGGUCACCUUCGCUCACGUCACCGACUGGAUCGAGAAGAAACUCUACCAGGAGUUCCAGAAAAUCCUGGUCAUGCCAAACAUGGACGACGUCUGGCUGACCAUCAUGCACUCGGCCAUGGACCCCCGUACCUCCGGGGGUCCCCUGGCCCCCCCGGCGGCUGACCCGCCCCCCUGCCUUCUCAGCCCGCCGACGGAGCCGCCAACCAGCAUUGAAGAAGUAUAGGGGGGACGGGUUUACAGUAUUGUCCUCGGUGGCGUGGACGUACCCCGUGGCGGGGAACCGGAGCCAAAGCGCAGAGCCGGGUUUUUAUCCUGGAGGAGUCUGGAUGUUGCGGUGUAUCUUUUUGCUAAAGCUCAGUCCCAAGAAAACACUGAAGUGAAGCCAUUGUUUGCUUGCUGCUCUGCACUCCCUUUCCUUAUUGACAAAGGUAAAGGUUAAUUGUCUGUGAAGGAUUUGUUUUUCAUAACGUGACCUAUUGGUUUGGAGGUUGAUGUUAGAAGUGAUCAUUGCGUGGUUGAUGAAGGGAAUAUAUAUAUAUAUAUAUAUAUAUAUAUAUAUAUAUAUAUAUAUAUAUAUAUA